CCGUACGCCCGUCAGAGCUCGCACGCACGUGCACACGGUUCGGCAAGCGGCAUGGAGGUCAGCAGCUCGCUGCAGCACCACCUCGGCGACAGCUUCUCCUACGGGUGGCUCACGCAGGCGCAGCCGCCGUCCUUCGCCGCCGACGCCGGUCAAGCCUUCGGGAGUUCCAGGUCCUCCUACAUCGACAUGGACCCCGCCGACCUCUUCUCCAUGCGGUGGACGACCGCGGCGCCGCCGGGCAGCGACUUUGACUUCGGCCUACCAGUGCCGGCAGACGGCGGGAACGCGUCUCCGGCGCAGCUCGUCAGCGCCAGCCAGAUCUUCCGCGGCGGCCGCCUCCUCCCCUGCGAGCCCGGAGCCUGCUCCGGAGCCGCGCAGCAAGACGUCCACGGCGACGCUGGUGACGACUAUGUCACCCGUGCCGCCCUGGACGCCGUCGCGGGCGCGGCGCGGUGGUCGGCCCCGUCGUCGCCGCUGUUCCACUCGGCGCAGAGCACGCCCCUCUCGCUGAGCGCGUGCUCCAGCGCGACGAGCAACCACGGCAGGGCUCGGCCCGUGCGCCGCGGGUCGUCGCCGUGGAAGGUGCUGCUCAGGUACGUGCGGUUCCUCAUGCCGCUGUACCGGAAGGCCAGGGCGCUCGCGCCCCCGUCCCCGAGGCGCAAGCACGCCAGGGUCGCGCCGGCGGCGGGGAGCCCGGGCCGCGGGUCCACCACGUCCAGCGUCGACUGGUGCCACGGCAGUGCCGACACGGCCGUCCGCGACGCCAUCCUCUACUGCAAGAAGUCCAGUGGACAAGAUGCACUCCCAUGACGGAGGUUAACCGCAGAUCGUCCAAAUGAGUUUCCCAACCCGGCCGCGAGAGCUUUGCAUGAUCUUGUGUUGUGCCAUCUCAACUCAAGUUCGUAAUCUUUUUUGUGGGUCUUCUUCAAAUGCCUUGGUGUGUACAUAUAUGACAGUAGUAUUACAGAUGUAUGAUUAUGAUUAACCCGUGCAAUGACUCGUUUACAGUAUCA